GGGCCCAACAUUACUAGCAGCUGAGAGUGUGCGCGACGCAGAGUCAUCGGAGAUCGAUGGCCGGAGGCGGAGGAGACGAGGAGGUGACGCUGCUGGGCCACUGGGGGAGCGCGUACGUGACCCGGGUCCGGCUGGCACUGCAACUCAAGGGCGUGAGCUACUCUUACGUGGAGGAGGACCUGCGCAGCAAGAGCGACCUCCUCCUGCGCUGCAACCCCGUCCACCGCGCCGUGCCCAUCCUCAUCCACAACGGCCGCCCCGUCUGCGAGUCCCAGAUAAUCCUCCAGUACAUCGACGAGGCCUUCGGACCUCCCGCCCUCCUCCCCGCCGACCCGCACGAGCGCGCCAUCGCCCGGUUCUGGGCGGCCUACGCCGACGACGUGCUGGGGGCGCCGUGGGAGAAGGCGUACAGGGCCGGCACCGAGGAGGAGAGGGUCGGGUGGAUGAGGCAGGUGAUGGCGGCCACGGACGCGCUGGAGCAGGGGCUUAGCGAGUGCACCGACGGGGGCAGGAAGGGCUGCUUCUUCGGCGGCGAACGGGUCGGGUUCGUCGACGUCGUGCUCGGCGGCGUGGUGCCGCUGGUGCACGCCACCGUGGAGAUCUCCGGGGACAGGCUCUUCGGCGACGCCGGCAGGACGCCCCUGCUGGCCGCCUGGCUGCAGCGCUUCGGCGAGCUCGACGCCGCCAAGGCGCUCCUGCCGGACGUCGACAGGGUCGUGGACUACGUCAGGAUGAUACACGCCAAGAACGCCGCUGUCAAGGCUCCUGCGAAUUAAACCGGCAUGGUUACGUGGAUUCCCUCCGUCCCAAAAAAGUUCGAGCUCAACAAAACUAUUUAACUUCAGCUCACUUUAGGAUCAGCUCAAGCCCUAAAGGAGUCGAGCUCGACCUACAUGAAUAGUUUGAUCAAGCUCGUUGGAGGUGAUUUUGUCCAGCCGAGCUUAAGCUUUGUCGAAGUUAAUCUAGUACUAGAAGGGUUGGGCGCGAUUUGCUGGUGUUGUUGGGUUUCUUCAUAAAAUAUUAUGGCGGAAGCUAAGAUAGGGGUCGUCAUAUGACAUUGUAGACUAUUAUCUUUUUUUAAUAAAUUCACGUGUAGUCCUACUGCACGGUUCAAAAGAAAAA